AUGGACGGACAAAAACAAGAGCAGAGUGGAGCCGAUAUUGAGCAGAAUAUUGCCCUCAUCAAGGAUCCUUCUCUAAAAUGGAAGCCAUCGACAGCAGAAGCUCUGGUCAUGGUGACAUUGGCCAUCAUCUCGUUAAUGGUCAGCCUCGACGCCACUGUCAUUGUCACAGCCUUGUCGACCAUUGUCCAGGCCUUGAAUGCGACAUCCACGCAAGGGUUUUGGAUAGGUACCUCCUACCUCCUUGUCGUAGCGGUCACGAUGCCAUUCACUGCCUCUAUCAGUGACAUUGUCGGGCGUCCACAGACGCUAUUCACUGUCUUGCUGAGCUUUACCGUCGGAACCAUUCUUUGCGCCACAGCCCACAGCAUCGGCAUCAUGCUCGUGGGCCGUUGCCUGCAGGGCAUCGGUGGUGGCGGUGUCAUCAUUCUCUCCCUCGUCAUCUUUUCCGACAUUGUACCCUUGCGAUUUCGACCACAAUAUGUCGGCGUCCUUCAAGGAGCAUGGGCCUUGGGAAGUGUCAUCGGGCCCAUCAUCGGCGGUGCCUUUGCCAGCCCGACUCGCUGGCGCUGGGUCUUCUAUCUGAUGCUGCCAUUCUGUGCCGUGGGCUUGGUUUUUGUGCCGCUGUUCGUCCGCCUCAGGCGUCCCGAGGCCACCCUGAGGGAGAUGCUGGGCCGUGUCGACUGGAUCGGUGGGGUGUUGUUCAUCUCUUCCGCUACGAGCUUCCUCAUCGCCAUCUCUUGGGGCGGCACCACUUAUGCUUGGAGCCACUGGAGAACCCUUGUGCCCUUGUUGGUCGGCCUGGCCGGCCUGGUCGCCACCAUGGUAUGGGAAAGGUUCGGUGCCAAAGAGACUGCCUUCUUGAGACAUUCGCUCUUCCACGUGUGGUCGGCCCAUGCCAUCUAUUUCGGUGCCUUCGCUCAAGGCCUGAUUCUCUAUGCACAACUCUACUACAUCCCUUUCUUCUUCGAGGCCGCAAAACAGUACUCUCCACUCCGCACCGGCGUCUCCCUCCUGCCCGUGCUGCUGACCCUUGUACCUGCUUCGGUGAUUGUCGGCGCCGCCAUCACGCGGACCGCCAAGUUCCGCUGGGCCAUCACCACUGGCUGGGUGCUGGCGACACUGGGCACGGGCUUGAGCAUUUCAUGGGACCGGGGCACGCACACGGCCGUGUGGGCGGUGGAGAUGAUUGUGCUUGGGUUCGGGCACGGAUUGAACCUCAACGCACUGAACACGGCGUCUCAGGCAGCGUGCAAGCCCGGUGAUGAGGGUCGUGCCGUCGGGAUGUAUGCAUUCCUGCGCAGCCUGGGAAUGGCUAUCGGUGUUGGCGUCGGCGGCUCCGUCUUCCAGAACGUUAUGAAGGCCAAACUCGCCAGCCAGGGCCUGCCCACGGAUAUCGCGCUGCAGGCCGAGGCAUACCUUGAGGUACUCAAGCAGACGCCAGCUGGUGACUCGGCUGCUCAAGCACGCGCCGUUGCCGUGAUCGACGCCUACAUCGCUGGCUUUCACGGUGUCUUCGCCUUCCUGACUGGACUGGCCGGGCUAGCCCUGAUAGUCGGCCUGAUCAUCCAGCACUUUGAGAUCAACAAGGCCCUCAUCUCCGAGCACAAGCUCGUUUCCGCCGACGGCUACCACAGCCACAACAACAGCGAUAGCCUCCUCAGCUGGGGCCGCGUCAGCCACGGUACCCGCAGCGGCUGGACCACCGCUGACCAUUCGCGCCAGCCCAGUCUCGAGCGCGGCGGCCGCACCGGGCAUCAGCAACAGCAGCACGAGGGCACCAUUGUCGCUGCAGAGCAGGUCUGA